AUGGAUAUCUUCAGUGGGCUGCUAACGGGCUUUAUUUUUGUCGUAUCCGUCGUUUAUUUGUACAUACGCAGCCGGCAUUACUACUGGAAGGAUCACGGGAUUCCCUAUGCACCAGAUCCCCAUUUGUUCUAUGGCCACGUGCAGGGCCAUUCAACAACGAAACACGGUGCAGUGAUCAACCAGGAACUGUACAGGCACUUCAAGCAACGCGGUGUCCCGUACGGUGGUGUUAGCUUGUUCAUCAUGCCGUCACUCAUCGUCGUGGAUCCAGAGCUGGUGAAGAAUGUGCUAGUGAAGGACUUUAACGUGUUUCACGAUCGUGGAGUUUACUCGAAUCCGAAGCACGAUCCGUUCACGGGCAAUCUUUUCGGAUUGAAGGGAACCCCCUGGCGAAUCUUGCGCCAAAAGCUGACUCCAACGUUCACGUCGGGACGCAUGAAGGAAAUGUUCGGGACGAUCUGGCAAGUCGCCUUGAAACUGGAAAACUUUAUGGAGAACAUGGAGCAGACGGAGAUCGAGAUGAAGGACGUGUUGGGGCGCUUCACGACGGACGUGAUCGGUACGUGCGCAUUCGGUAUCGAGUGCAACACGCUGGAGUACCCGGACUCCAACUUCCGGAAGUACGGUAACAAGGCGUUCGAGCUGGAUAUUGUUACCCAGACAAAGUUCUUCUUCGCCGCCUCCUACCCACGGCUCGCCCGAGCGCUACGGGUGAAGAUAAUUAAGGGCGACGUAACAGAGUUUUUUAUGAGCAUCGUCAAAGAAACCGUCGACUAUCGUGAGAAGCACGACGUAAAGCGGAACGAUUUCAUGAAUCUGUUGCUUCAGAUCAAAAAUAAGGGCAAACUUAACGACCAAAGCACUGCAGUUGGCAAGGGGGAAGUUGGACUAACGACGAGCGAGCUAGCUGCUCAGGUGUUUAUCUUCUUUCUGGGCGGCUUUGAGACGUCGUCAACCACAAUGAACUUUUGUCUGUACGAGUUGGCGAAGAACCCCGACAUUCAGGAGCGCCUGCGGGACGAGAUCAACCAAGCGAUCGACGAGAACGGGGGCGCCGUGACGUACGAUAUGGUCAUGAACAUUACGUAUCUGGAUCAGGUCAUUAACGAAACCCUUCGAAUGUACCCACCGGUGGAAACACUGACUCGAAAAGCUUCCAAAGUGUAUGUUAUCCCGGGCACGAAAGACCUGAUUCCGGAAGGAACAAUAGUGCAAAUCCCUGCCUAUGCCAUUCACCACGACUCGGACCAUUACCCCGAUCCGGAACGCUUCGAUCCGGAUCGGUUCUCGCCGGAGGAGGUCAAAAAGCGUCAUCCGUACGUCUUCAUCCCGUUCGGGGAAGGACCUCGGAUUUGCAUCGGCCUGCGGUUCGGGGUGAUGCAGACAAAGGUGGGAUUGAUUUCGCUGCUGCGCAAGUUCCGAUUCUCUCCAACGCAGAACACUCCCAGCAAAAUUGAGUUCGACCCAAAGUCUUUUACACUCUCCCCAAUUAUGGGCAACUAUUUGAAGGUUGAAAAGGCUAAAAAAUGA